AUGUAUCCAGGACAACAAUACUCACAGCAAAAUCAACAACAGCAAUCACAAAACCAACAAAACCAACAAAACCAACAAUUUCCAGGAGGAUUUGUUUUACCAACAUCAAAUCAACAACAAUAUUAUCCACCUCACGGCGGUUAUCCAGGGCCUCCAGGACAAUUGCCCCCAGGUGGCUAUACACCACCUUCAGGACCACCGCCUAGUGGUUAUACAUUACCACAAGGACCGCCGUCUGGUGGUUAUACACCACCUUCAAGUACUUCAGGACCUCAAUCCGAUAGCUAUUCAAGUCAACCAACUGGUAACUAUGUAACACCUCCAGGACCACCUUUAGGACCACCUCAAGGGCCACCUUCUGGAGUCUAUCCACCGCCACCAGGACCACCAACUGGUGGUUAUGCUCCACCUCCACAAAAUCAACAAUUUCAAGGUGGCUACAUGGUUACUCCACAAAGCGUAAGAUACAAUACUGGAGGACAUAAAAAAGCAUUACUUAUUGGAAUCAAUUAUUUUCACCAAGACGGCGAAUUGAGAGCUAAUAUGAAAAGAUUUUUAAUCGAAUCAUAUGGAUUUCAAGAAUCUGAUAUGGUGAUUUUAACCGAUGAUCAGCAAGACCAAACAAAGAUUCCAUAUAAAGCUAAUAUCCUAGAAGCAAUGAAAUGGCUUGUACGAGAUGCUCGACCAGGAGAUAUUGGUCAUGGAGGUCAAGUAAAAGAUACUGGUGGAGAUGAAGAGGAUGGAUUUGAUGAGACUAUCGUACCAGUCGAUUAUUCACAAAAUGGACAAAUAGAAAUGCAUGAAAUUAUGGUAAAGCCACUUCAAGAGGGUGUAAGAUUAUUUGGAAUUUUUGAUUCAUGUCAUUCUGGAUCAGCUCUUGAUUUACCAUAUACAUAUUCCACUCGUGGAUUGAUUAAAGCACCCAAGGCUCUUACUGAGGACAAAGAUGAACAGACGUCAGCAGAUGCUUAUGAGGAAGGAAGGAAUACCGGAGCCAUGUCUUAUGCUUUUAUCAAAGCGUAA